AUUUAUUUUCCUGGAGUUUGUUUCUUCAACGCUUUAAUAAUAAAAGUCUACACUUGUUUUCUUCGCGAAGGAAUUUACAUAUACGGUUCUUUUUGAGAAGCUUUUUACGUACAGUCGGUGACUGUAUAUUUCUUAAUCCGCCAUGUCUUCCAUAACCAUUGCGACGCUUCCCCGCAUGACUCGCGAUGUCCUUUCUUCUCUCAUUCUUUCAAGCAGCAGUCCCUCCAAACUGGCCAUAGUUGACGUUAGAGACUCAGACCAUAUCGGCGGCCACAUCUACUCCUCAAUCUGGAUUCCCAGCUCUAGCCUCGAUGUCCGCAUGCCCGAGCUCGUGCGCACCCUACAGGACAAAGAGAAAGUCGUGUUCCACUGCGCCCUGAGCCAGCAGCGAGGUCCAUCCGCGGCCCUGCGGUAUGCGCGCGAGCGUGAACGCACUCUUGGUCCGGAGGCUAGUCAUAAGCAGGAAGUGUAUGUUCUUGAGGGAGGGUUCCUGCAGUGGCAGGAGAAAUAUGGGAAGGAUACGAGAUUGACAGAGGCGUAUGUGGAGGAUAUUUGGAGGGAGUAUUAAUUUACCUUCGGUGUCUUUUGCGGAGGCGGAGUGGGAGGAGGAUGGGGUUUAAAGUAAUGGGAUGUGAUAUAUUGUUGUUUAUUUGGAGAGGAUAUACGUGCGGAAUGGGGUUGAGGGCUAGUGUGGUUAGAGGUCUGCCUGGGGGUUUCUGAUCCUUGUUUUCAGCCUUUGGAUUUUAUUUAUAGAUACGAAUAGAAUAACGAUACCCGAUAUGA